AAAUACAUUUGCCCACUGUGACCAAAGCAUCGAACAAGGACAUUCUUGCAAUGGUUCUCAAAAUUUGGCCUGACGAUGAUGGCGUGCGAGAGAGAGUUGUUAGGUGAGAAAUUCUCCCGAUACAUGGAAAUGUUGUGACUUUUUACGAGGCAUGGUUCGAAGAUAGAAAUUAUGAAGGGGUUAGUAACUUGAGUAUGCGAUACUAGACGAAUCAAAUCCAAAACCAUACUUCAGUAGAAGAGGACACAAAAAAGAUGUUGUCUAUUUGAGCACUCCUCUCCCUCGGAUGAAGCAGGCUGACGCAGCUAGCUCCGACGAGUAACGGACAGGCUGGUCCCGUUAAACGGGACUCGUAUUUGUUGUGUGAUGCGACCCUGGCUACGCAGUCUGUUUGGUGGCAAGAAGGCUCGGCGCGAAAAGCGUCGGACAUCCCAGAGUUCUGAUAGUGACGUUUCGACAGAGCAGAACUCGAAUUGUUCCUCGCCAGUGCACGACGCGUCCGAGGUUCGCCGCGAUUUGCUUGCGACCGAAAAUAUGGGCGAAAAAACUGACUCAGAGGCUGACAAGAAGCAUCUUAAGGGUUAAAAAAUGAUAUAUUGGAAAUUAGUAAAAGUGACUGCGAGAGGACAACAACAAGGACAUCACUCAACUCGGUGCUCUUUCCAUGAAAGAACUAGCCAUGCAUUCGCGUCUACCACAUUCUAAGACAAAAAAGGCAGUGGAACAUGAACAACAUCGAGGAAGGAAAGAAUAUGCGCGGUUGCGCCUUCUGGGUAGCGGGGGGUAUGCCAAUGUGUGGCAUUCUCGAGACCCAGAGUCCGGAGAUCAUCGCGCAUUGAAGGAGAUACCUCGAAUGCGGGCUGAGAUGUCCGAAUACAGUAUCGAGAAUAUCUGGAACGAACGCAAUGUCCUGUUAAAGCUCUCUUCCACGUCGGACGAGGACGAUAAAAUCGCAGAUGACGCUGGGAAGUGCUCCGAUGCUCCUCUGCCACGAAAUGCACUGGAGUGGAAUUCUGACCAGGAACAAAAACUACAGGGUCGCCCUCGCGCUUCCUGUGUUGUGCGUCUUUUUGAUGCGUUUGCAACACCAGCAAACAUUUGCUUUGUGUUAGAGCUACUGGAGGGCGCAACCUUGUGGGAUCACAUACGCUUGUGCGCAGAACAGCGACAGAGGAUUGCGGAAGAAAUGAAUCCGAAUCGCAGGAACGAAUCGCAGGAGACUCGCUGGUGCUGCACGGACGACCUGAGUCGGGCGGGCGCGCCAGGUAAUUCAUUGGAACUUUAUUCGGCAGUCCAAUAUGAUAGCAGCAGGCUUGUUCGUAAAUAUGUCUAUAUUUUUUUAUCGUGUCGACUUCGGUUUGCUUGAUCCUGGCCGCAGAGCCGCGGACCUUGAACCUUAAGCCUUGAACCUUGAUCCUGGCUCUUUAUAAUACUACUUACUCAGAUUGGGAGUUCUCCUUCGAGAAAGCACAGUUUUGUACGCAGCAGAUCCACGCAGGGCUGUCUUUUCUUUAUGAGCAGAGAAGACUCAUUUUUCACGUCGCGGCAACUAUGCUGUUGUGAUAUUUCCAAUCGUUCUUGACAAGCCGCACCACCUCUAUGCUCGUUCAUUUUUCGCACAGCAGGUGUGUUGCCUACCGCGACUUAAAGCUGACAAAUGUGAUGGUCACGCCCGUGACGACGCUGGUGACGACCCCGCCAACUCCUCCACCUAUGACGGAUAGUACGUUAUGGUCAGCUUUUAUCCAUCUUUCUCGGCAUGUUGAUACCUUCGAUGCCCUGUCUCGGCAUCUUGCUCAGGUGUCAAGAUGAGGAGGGCCGAGAUGAAUAAAAGCUCACUUUAAGCGCGGUCAGUGGUUGUGGCGUGACGUGGCGUCUUGUGCUAGUUGAUAUGGGGUUCGCCGUGCAAGGCAGUGAGGCGACGUCAGCAUCACGCGCUGUGGGCACAAUGAGGACGAUGGCGCCAGAAGUUGUGACCCUGGCAUCCGGCCAAACAUAUUAGGGCGGCGUGGUCUUUCGCGUUCUAAUUCGUCGAAAGCACUUGAAUAUUUAUAAUGAGAUAAGCGAUUACUAGUUUUGCUCGCCUAUCUUCCUUAAUCGAACUAGGAACGAUAGUAGAUGUACUAUAACAUCUAGGUGGACAAGUAGUGUGAGAACUCCAGUAGUUCAACGCUCCAAAAAUUCCAACAAAAUUAUGGUACUAGUUCUAGUUUUUGGAACUAGCCUCAUCUACUAGCUGCAAGAAUAAGUUUGAUCGCUUUAAGAGGCUGACGCAUUUCGUGCAGACGUGUGGGCGCUAGGAGCCACGGUGUACGAAAUUUUCUCACUCGGGAAACCACUCCUGGAGGGAUACUUUGAGGACCUCGAGAUUGACAAUUACAACUAUCUACGAGCAAUGGAGCGCGCUUUCUCUUUUCUGGACGUAGUUGCUUCUCGUGAAGGAGAACAAGGUACCAGUAACAAUAACUAUUCGAUUAGAGAUCAUUAGAUGAAAUUAGAACUACUCGAUUGGGAUUGCAGUCAGCUUCAUUUGAUGUUGAUAAGACAGAUCUAUUAUGUCUCUGUGCCGAAAAUAGGAAUAUGAGUGCAGUUUAUUUAAGUUUGUUCUUUUCUUCAAGUCUGUGAUGAUCAUAAGGUUGCUCAUUUCCGUCUGUGACUAAGUACCCUGUUUUCAGGUACAUCAAGCUCCACUGCAGCGGCAAAGAAGACACAGCACCAGCGUCCCUUAGUAGCAGACUCUGCUGAGCGAGAGAGAUAUCACUUGCUGUGGGACUUUUUGAAGCUGACGGUUCGACGUGAGCCGAGCAGCCGGCCGGCGAACGCUUUAGCUCUCCUAGAUGUACUUGGGAAUGUAGAGAGAGAGGGACCAGAGUGUGCUGCUCUUCUCUCCUCGCCAUCGACAAAUACGUCUGGGGCAACACUUGGAGAAGGAGAUGGCACAGACGCUGGAGAUGGUACUACUUCAUCUACGAAGCAGUCCACUCCAAUUGCAACCGCUAGUUCUGGCCAAACUUUUUCUACGGAAAUCGGUUUUUUUGUCUCGAGUUCGAAAACUACGCCGGCUGAGCAAAGCCGACACAGGCAACGUCAAUUGGGCCACACGCUUGCUCGUCGAGAAUCGAAUGAAAAGGACCCUUUCGAGGGGUUCUGAUAUUUGAUAGAGGUCGCCAGGAACACUCACAUGACAUGUUAAAUGAAAGGAAGUUUCUAGCCUAAGUACAACUUGACGAAUACUUGUAUUGCCUGAGAAAGGUCACACACGCUUUUAGUCUUUCUUGGCUAAUCCUGAGACAUCACUGGACGACAGAAAGUCUUCUUGGAUGAAUUGGCAAGUGCAGGCUGCAGGCACACGAUCUAAU